AAGAACAUCUAGAGCAUGAUGUCUCGCAAUGUCGUACGCACAGUGGGCAUGGCUUGCGAGGCAACUAGCGAGCUAACUUCGUUUUUAGGAUAACGAGAACCCUCCCACCACCGUCGUACGCCGUGCCACCAAACUGAGAGCCAGAAGACGAAAGAAACUGCGGUCUCCGGCAGGUCUGCGUCGUACAAGAGCAGCAUUUCAGACCGGGGAACAAUCUAUGUGGACCUGAACCUUAUUCUGCAACGGUACAGAACGGCGAUAGUCUAGCAAGUCAAGGACGUAGCUAGCAGAACUGCGCUAUUGCACAAGUUGAUAACUCGCUGCUUUGGACCAGUUAUGUAGAAAUUCUCUUAGGGCUUUCAUGUAUUUCGCGUAAAGGCGAAAAGUCAGAUGUAUCGCGUCCAGACCUUCAUCGGUUUAUAGACUAGCCAGAAUUCACCUCCUGGCGCGUGUUUCUCAUGAAACGUACAGCGACUGUGAAACGGCACCGAAACGACGGAACGGGAAUCUGGACACGAUUUGUAAUCUGUGAUAUUUACAUUUGUACGUGAAUGCCGUUGCUGGUUUGCCAAUCUGGCGAUGCACGGUAACGUUCCGUCCUAAAACCUUCGCACAGCGAUAGCAGAGGAUUACAGGAAGAUUGCGACGAAAAGACGAAACGAGGUGCAGAUGAACUUUGAUUUGCGGCUCUAGAUGUUUCCGUUCCAGAAGUCGUGUUUGGCCGCAGCACAGAGUUUCCUCAAUGAGUUCCUCAGUGGACAUUUGACCAAACGCAGCUAGAGCCCGCCUCCCCCUCCCCUCCCCCCUCCCCACCCCACCCCUGGUGGAUUCUGGGCACCAUGCUGAUCAAGGAGUACCGCAUCCCCAUGCCCAUGAGCGUGGAGGAGUACCGCAUCGCCCAGCUCUACAUGAUACAGAAGAAGAGCCGGGAUGAGACGUGCGGGGAGGGCAGCGGGGUGGAGAUCCUGGAGAACCGGCCGUACACGGACGGACCGGGCGGGUCGGGUCAGUACACGCACAAGGUGUACCACAUCGGCAUGCACAUCCCCAGCUGGUUCCGCUCCAUCCUGCCCAAGGCCGCCCUGCGCGUGGAGGAGGAGUCCUGGAACGCCUACCCCUACACCCGCACGCGGUACACCUGCCCCUUCGUGGAGAAGUUCUCCAUCGACAUCGAGACGUACUACAAGCCGGACACGGGGAACCAGGUGGACGUCUUCAACCUGUCGUCUGCGGAGAGGAGGCAGCGGAGUCUCGACCCGAUUGACAUCGUGAAGGACCCAAUCCCGCCCCACGAGUACAAGGCGGAGGAGGACCCCCGGCUGUAUAAGUCGGUGAAGACCCAGCGGGGGCCUCUGACGGACGACUGGAUCGAGGAGCUGGGCAGCGACCCGGGCAGGGCCCCCAUCAUGUGCGCCUACAAGCUGUGCAAGGUGGAGUUCCGCUACUGGGGCAUGCAGUCCAAGAUCGAGCGCUUCAUCCACGACGUAGGGCUGCGGAAGGUGAUGGUUCGAGCGCACCGGCAGGCCUGGUGCUGGCAGGACGAGUGGUACGGCCUGACCAUGGAGGACAUCCGGCAGCUGGAGCUGGAGACGCAGCUGAUGCUGGCGCAGAAGAUGGCGGAGUACAGCCUCGCCGAGGAGGGGGGCGAGCCCAACGGCGCCGCCCCCGCCUCCCCCGACAAGGAGCAGGGGGCCAAGGAGGCCAUCAGCCACAUGGAGGCCGAGGAGGCGCCCCCUGGCGGAGCGGUGGACUCUCUGCAGGCACGUGCCGCCCUCACCAAGCAGUGGUCCACCUCGUCCCGGUCCUCCCGCUCGUCCAAGAGAGGCGGAAGCCCCUCCCGCCACAGCAUCUCUGAGUGGAGGAUGCAGAGCAUAGCGCGGGACUCGGAGGACAGCUCGGACGAGGAGUUCUUCGACGCGCACGAGGAUCUCUCUGACAACGAGGAGACCUUUCCCAAGGAGAUCACCAAGUGGAGCUCCAACGAACUGAUGGACAAGAUCGAGGCUACGGACGCGGAGGAGGCGCAAGGAGAGCUGUACCCGGAGUCGGGCGGGGAGUACACCCUGACUGACAGUGGGGACCGGCUCCAGGAGGACGGCUCUACCCAGCAGCCCUUGCAGCCCUCUAAGAUCCACGUGCUGAUCCUGGUGCUGCACGGGGGAAACAUCCUGGACUCGGGGGCGGGGGACCAGAGCAGUAAGCAGGGGGACGUGAACACCAUCAGCACGGCGUUUGAGACGGUGAUGCGCGUGCACUACCCCACCGCGCUCGGCCGCAUCGCCAUCCGCCUGGUGCCCUGUCCCGCCAUCUGCACCGAGGCCUUCUCCCUGGUGUCCAACCUCAGCCCCUAUAGCUAUGAUGAAGGCUGCCUCUCCAACAGCCAGGACCACAUCCCCCUGGCGGCUCUGCCUCUAUUGGCCACCUCGUCCCCGCAGUACCAGGACGCCGUGGCAGCCGUCAUCCUGCGAGCCAAUCAGGUGUACGCUGACUUCAUCAGGUCCCUGGAGGGAGCCGGCUUCUCUGGGCAGGUGUGUUUGAUUGGCGACUGCGUCGGCGGGAUCCUGGGCUUCGACGCCCUGUGCAACAGCGGCCAGACGGUGUCGGAGAGCCAGAGCAGCAGCCGGCGGGGCAGCGUGGUGAGCGUGCAGGACACUGACCUGCUCUCCCCGGGGAUGGUGAACAGCAGCUACGGCUCGGCCUCCCCGUCACUGGAGGGCAGCCAGCACCUGAGCCGCAGCAACAUAGACAUCCCCCGCGCGGCCGGCCCCGACGACCCCAAACGGGCCCCGCCCCGGAAGCGCAGCGACUCCUCCACCUACGAGCUGGACACCAUCAAGCAGCACCAGGCCUUCCUGUCCAGUCUGCACUCCAGUGUGCUGCGAAGCGAUCCUGGGUCUCGGCGGUCCAGCGGUAGCACCAUGCUGGAGGGGGGCGCGCUCGGGAAGCUGGAUUUCGAGGUGUCCGACUUCUUCCUGUUCGGCUCGCCGCUGGGCCUGGUCCUGGCGCUGAGGAAGACCGUGAUCCCCGUCCUGGACGUGGCCCAGCUCCGCCCGGCGUGCCAGCAGGUGUAUAACCUGUUCCACCCGGCCGACCCCUCCGCCUGCCGUCUGGAGCCCCUGCUGGAGAAGAAGUUCCACCUGCUGCCCCCCUUCAGCGUGCCCCGGUACCAGCGCUUCCCCCUGGGCGACGGGAACUCCGCCCUGCUGGUGGAGACAGUCCAGAACAGCCCUCAGCUCCUGGCGGAGGCCGGGGCCCAGUACUCCACGCGCUGCUCGGAGGGCGUCAGUGAGACCUGCAUCCCCGUGCCCGUGCUGAACUGGCCGGCCCAGCCCGCCCCUCUGGAGUCAGACGUUGUUCAGUCUCAUGGGGGUGUGUUGGUGGACAGUUGGUGCCCCCCCUCCCCCGUUACGGCCCCCCGUUGCCGCGGGCUACGGAGAGCCAGUGAGGUCAGCAUUGGCAGCCAGGUCUCAGGAAUGGCAGACACUUAUACUGCCUCCAACAUAGUCAACAUUGCUGCUCGUUGGUGGGGCACUAAGCGCAUGGACUUUGCCCUGUACUGCCCCGAUGCUCUCACCGCCUUCCCCACCGUCGCCCUGCCCCACCUCUUCCACGCCUCCUACUGGGAGUCCACCGACGUGGUGUCCUUCCUGCUCCGACAGGUCAUGAGGCACGAGAACUCCAGCAUCCUGGAGCUGGAUGGUAAGGAGGUGUCGGAGUUCACCCCCUCCAAACCCCGGGAGAAGUGGCUGAGGAAGAGGACCCAUGUCAAGAUCAGGAACGUGACGGCCAAUCACAGGGUGAACGACGCGGUGUUCACGGAGGACGGGCAGCAGGUGGUGAACGGGCGCUUCAUGUACGGCCCGCUGGACAUGGUGACGCUCACCGGGGAGAAGGUGGACAUCCACAUAAUGACGCAGCCUCCAUCGGGGGAGUGGGUGUACUUCGACACAGAGCUGACCAAUAGCAGCGGCCGGAUUUCCUAUGUCAUCCCGGACAGCAAGCGGCUGGGCAUCGGGGUCUACCCUGUCAAGAUGGUGGUCAGGGGAGACCACACCUUUGCGGAUAGCUACCUGACGGUGUUGCCGCGGGGGGCGGAGUUUGUGGUGUUCAGUAUCGACGGCUCGUUCGCUGCCAGCGUGUCCAUCAUGGGGAGUGACCCGAAGGUUCGGGCGGGGGCGGUGGAUGUGGUCAGGCACUGGCAGGAUCUGGGCUACCUGAUCAUCUACGUGACGGGCCGGCCGGACAUGCAGAAGCAGCGGGUGGUGGCCUGGCUCUCGCAGCACAACUUCCCGCACGGCAUCGUGUCCUUCUGCGACGGGCUGGUGCACGACCCGCUGCGCCACAAGGCCAACUUCCUCAAGACCCUCAUCUGCGAGGCUCACAUGAAGGUGUUCGCUGGCUACGGUUCCACGAAAGACAUCUCUGUGUACUCCUCCAUCGGCCUGUCCCCCUCCCAUAUCUACAUCGUGGGACGUCCCACCAAGAAGAUGCAGCACCAGUGUCAGUUCAUCACUGACGGCUACGCGGCGCACCUGUCCCAGCUGGAGUACGGUCACCGCUCACGCCCCGCCAAAACGGGCGGCAGCCGCAUGGUCCUGCGCAAGGGCAGCUUCGGCCUGGGCACCAACAGCGACUUCCUGCGCAAGAGGAACCACCUGCUGCGCACCAUCUCCUCGCAGCCCGCCCCCAGCUCGCCCACGGGGAGCCACGCCCCCGGCCACGCCCACGGCCACGCCCGGCCCGAGCGCACGCAGAGCCAGUCGGAGAGCGAGCGCGAGCGGGUGGAGAGGGGACAGCGCAGCAUGAGCAUCGCGGCCAGCUGCUGGGGCCGCAGCGGCAGCACCAAGCUGGAGCACGGGGGCCUGGGGGGCAAGUAGGGCCCCGG